UCUGAAAAAAAACUUCAGGUUACGAUCGCACAAAAAAAAAGAAAAGACCAAACACAAGCAUCCCACUUUAAGUGAGGACUUAAUUCUUCAAAAGCCUCAAAUCCAUGGCACGAGAUGUUAAUUGAUAGCACAAAGAAGGAUCUCCAAAAGACAAGAAAAUGAUCGAGUCGAAGAUCAUACUUAAUGGAAUUAAUGGCUGCGCGCUCAUUUUGAGAUGAAAGCCCAAAUCAGCUGUAAAGUGUUUUUCUUAAGGCAUGUGUGUGUCUCAUCCAUUAAGAGAUGUUGUUCUUCCGGGAAGGAAGCCCCAAAGAGAGGUACCUAUGUUAAAUCUGUAAAUUUUUGUUUAUCCAGGAAAUCACUCUCAACUCACGUGCCAGACUUGCAGGUAUUUUCAUCCGAUAUAAUGUGACUAAAAGAAGUAAGAAAAAAAAAAUAAAAAAAAAUAAACGCCAUAGCACAGGAAGUUAAUUCGGAAAUUCGUGUGAAGUGCUAAUGUGUGAUCACUCCUCGAUCACAACUUGUGCGAUCAUCGCAAAAAAUAAACACCUCACCGGGGGAGAAGAAGACAUUAAAAUAAGAUUGAAUUGUCUCAUACCAACGGGGAGUAGCACGUGGUAUUAAUUUCAAUAUAAUCUCGUCGAGAGAAUGUCUCACUUGGCACGCAGUCCCCACAUAGUGUAAUCUUAAUGACUCCACGAGACAUGCGAGAACUUUUUGAGCGAAGGUCAAAUUUUUGUUGAAAAAUUUGCCAAAGUGCCUUCAUUGCUUUUGCAUAGGCGUAAUCAGUUAAAAAUUCACCAAAAAGUAAGAAGAAUUCCUUUUCACUCAAUCAAUAUUUAUUUUUCAUCAUGAUCUUUUGCAAUCAAUUUUUAGAGAGACGACCUUCAGGCUAUAUUGUGGUGUGUAGAGAGGGUUCUCUGAUCUUUCGCGUCUUCCUUCAUGUUUUUUAAUAAGAAAAAAAAAUGUUUAGUUUAGAGGAAAAUAAAGUUUUUUUUUAAUUUAAAUUUAAAAUUGCAUCUCUGCUAGAUCAUCACAAGAUCAGUGAUAGAUCGCUCACGAUCACUCACGAUCGCAUGGCAAUCAGUAAAGGGCGAUGUGUAUUGAUUGUAAAAAAGGGGAAAACCAACUCAUGAAUCUCUUGGAUGAUCGUGUUUUGAUUACAACGCCACGACGAUACUCGUUUGAGCCAUUAUGCAAAUGUCUUCUCGAUGAAUUACGAAAUGCCGUGUAGAAGACGCACCACGAAUUUGCAAUUUUUUUUUCUUUCGUCUUGUAAUCGGUCUCCACACCACAAAUCUCUCCGCCACACCGUGAGGUCCGGAUUGGCGAUCUUGGGGCCAUUUCUGCCGUGUGACGUCAAUCGACCAGCCGGCGUCCGCAAAAAUGCUUAAGCGUGUUGCCUCCAAAAUGACAACAGAGAUCAAUUUAAUUAAUUGCCCCAGCGAUGUCGUCUCUCGCCAAAAAUUCCUCAAAUACAAAAAAAAAAUCAUAUGGAUGGACCACUUUGCUUCUACGCGGUGAUCUUUAAAAUUUCACUGAUAAAAUGCUCCAUUACUUUCAAUUUUUUUCCAAGCAUCAGUGGUAAACAUCGCUCUAGCAUUUGCAUAAGCCGAUCAACAUUUGAUUAUUAUGCAGCAGCAGCAAAAAAAGAAGAAGCUUCUGUUUACAAACACUUUAAUGUCCUUCAUGGGGUAUUUUGGAAGCAUUCUUAUAACUAAUUUAGUGUGAUUAUAUAAAAUGUGAUGCUCGCUGGGAAUUUAUUGUUAUGUUGUGGAUGUUUUGUCAAUCGUUUUUGGGGUUUUUUUCCAUCACAAAAUAUAUAUUUUGCUCCAGCUAGUUUAUAUUGGAGAUUUAUAUUGUUGACAAUAGAGGAAAAUCACUCUAGAUAUGGUGAGACCAGGAUAGACGCUUGUGGGCGGUUGUGAUGAUCUUGCAAAGAUCAUAGAGGGAAGGAAUUCCUUGUUGAUUUAUUUGUAUCAGCAGGGGAGAUAAUCUUGUUAUUUAUACAGUGCUGGUUAGAAAUAAAAUGCCACAGAGAUUUUUUUCAUCUAGAAUAGGUAACUUCUGUCUUGAUUAAUUAAUUUCAAUUCUUAUUUCAUUUUUUUUUUAUUCUUAGAAGUUACAUAUUCUAAAGAAAUUGGAGAAAAUUAAUUUCUUUUGCAGAUUUUUCGAUUUUUCCAAAGCUUUUUAAGAAGCUUGGCACUUCAGAUAAGAAUUAAUAAAUUGACAUUUUAAGAUUUAUUUAAUCUUGAAUUUAUAGCUCAAUUUUCGUCUGAUUAGAACUCAAUUUAAAUCUUUUUUAUUUUAAAUUUAUUUUAAUAAGGAAAAUGAUCAAGUUUCCUGAUUUUGCAGUCUUUCAAUCAUUUUUAUCUAUUUUAUCAAAUCCUCUUUUCUGAAUUUUUAAUCAAUAUAUCUCAACUUCAACCUAUUACCUUUUCCGUGGACACAGUGUGAAGUAUUUAUGACCCCUUGAGUGUAUCUUUUUCAAAUGAUCAUCGAUGCGAAAGAUAGCAAAAAAAAAACCUAGAACUGCGAAAGGAUUAAAGCAACAUAGUUUUUUCUUUCAACAUAUUAAAUUUCUGCUGUGAUCACUGAAGCAUCCAUGAUCCGGUUCGUCUUCCAUUCGUUCGUUUAAAUCUUUUGAUUGAACGAUCAUUAAAGCAUACGAUCGCUCUGUAAAAAAAAAAUACAAAUAAUUUCUACAUGGAAACAAGUAUGAAAUAAUUAUACAUUUUGCAAUGUCAGAAGAUUCUUUUCUUGCAAUAAAAGGAACAUCUUGGAUUGUACAAUGACGUGGGUCGAUGUCACCAAGUGCUUGGGGCGAGAUAUAAAAUGAUUUAUGAGUUUAUCUUACAACACGACAUAAAAUAAACUCCUUCGUCACAUUACUCACGAUGUCACGGGCUGGAGAGAGAACAUGGAGAGAAAUUUUUCACCACUAUGCAAUAAAAUAUUUACAUUUUUAUGGAAUGUAAGGAGAGGAGAAAUUCUUUAACAGAUAGAACUCCUGGUUCUUAACAUCUUUUUUUUUAACAUAAAUGAAAAACCUCUCCCUAGAGCUUGAUCUUUGGGUGAAGGCGAGAGAUGGAAAAUAUGCGCGAAGAUCGUAGCAUCAUCUCCAACGAUCAGUGAAUUCCAAUGCUUCUGGCGUCAAAUUGUCGGUUGUGACGUCGGACCGACCACAAUGUCGUAUAUAAUGCUGAUCGUGCUCGGAUCUUGAGUCAUUUUGCUUGGAGAAGUCGAUGUGAGAAGAUCGAAGCCGUGUUUACUGUGAAACACAAAGCACAAAACAAAGUGUUUUUUAUUCUCUCUCAAGAAAACUAAAGAAGUUUAGACUGAUUGAAUAUAUUGCAAGUGAUCACAAGGGAUCGCAAGUGAUUAAAGAAAAAGUGAAGAAAGCAAAGAAUUUGUGUGAUCUUCAAGAGUGAUCGUUCAAAGUGAUUUCAAGUUAAACAUUUUUCAAUUUGAAUAAAAAGAAAUUAUAAAAGUGAAGGAACAAAAUGGCAAAUAUGCUGGUGUAUACGCUGACCAUUGCAACAGUGAUUGCUGCAUGUUCCGGCUCUGCAAUUCCAAUGUGGGAAUACCUGAGUCGUGGUGAGAAGAUGUCUCACCUGUACUCAAUGUUCGCCAAACAAGUGUCGAGCUAUUGCAAAACAAAUCGGGAUUUAGUUUCGAAGCCACUAUGCAAAAGGGAACUCCUAACUCAUGGUUUGGAGAUGCUACAGAAAAUGCCAGAGAGCCAUUUGGAUUCGAUGGAUCCCUAUCAAAGAGGAGCCAAUGAUAUAAUCUGGGACUCCAUGAUGGAGGGUCAUCCAUCGAAGCCACAGAAGAAAGAAGUGACCACAAAGAGCCCCAUAAUGCUACCACAGCAUGGUGAAUAUGAGAGGAAUCCCCUUUUCGAUGGUCCUGCUCCUGUGCAGAAGAAACCAACAACACAUCAAGAUUACGCCAUGGGAAUGGAUUCUGAUGCUGCCUAUCAAAACUACCAGCUUCCUGAUGCAUCAUCUGAUGUGUUCUACUCCGACCCGACAAACUACCUUGCCCAGGAAGCCCCAACAAAUAUCAGACCCCAGUACGUCAGUCCAUCGGGCAUUGCUGAGUCUACGAAUUACUUAACAGGGCCAAUGGUGGUGCGUGUUAUGCCCGAUGGUAGUCCAGUGUCUGAAGAUCGCAACCGCAACCUCCCAAAGGAUGAUGAUCGCGAUGAAAUGACCAUUGGUCGUGCUCGAUUGCCGACAAUUGAUCAAAUUGCCCGAGCAUUCAGUACAACACAGAAUCGCAUUGAUGAUCGUGCUGAGUCAGCAGCCACACAGCCUACAGCACGCUAUCGUCAGUACCCAACGUACAGGACAAUUAGGCGAAGUGGUGGCGUUGUGACAUUCUACUAAACGUCGAGUCCUUUCCUGAAAAGAUCGUGUGCAUCUUGCCAAAUCAUCAUUAGCUUUUAGGAUCACAUUAAUUAUCCCAACAUUUUAUGCGCGAGUUAAUUUAACUUAUACCUCAUCAAAUUUUCCCUUCUAUUGUCCUUAUUUUAUUUAGGAUAAAGGAGGGGUGUGUGCUAUAGCUUCUUUGGUUUGAUUUAAAUCUUCGUUAACAUUAUGAUAUAAUCCUUUGAUUUCGAUUGGAUUUUGAGGUUCUAAUCCAGACCUGUUGUCCAAUACAACUUCAAAUACCCGAUGAAGAUGGCAUAAAAUCUCCGAAACGUCAAGUAUGAAUUUGUAUUGAAAAUGUGCGUAUCUCGGGUUAGAAGUUUUUAAAAUCACAGAAAAACCAUAAUUUGUGAAAGGAUUAUUAUUUAAAAAAAUGUGAACAGAUUUAAUCAAAAGCAGAAGUCUUGUCUGAGUCAAAAUGUCAAAAUUUAUUUAAAGCUGCUUGAAAUUUAGUAAAUUCAAAAAUUCCAAUUAAAAGAAGUUGAAUGACUUAAAAAUUAAAACAAUUUUGAGAAUAUUGGAAUCAUACCCUUUGGCGUUAAUUACUUAAAACAUAAAAAUAUGUUUUCUUUAAAAAAAAAAUAAGCGCAAUGAAUUUGAAUUUUGACAUUUAUCCAUUUUUAUUUAAAUUCUCAUCCCUCCGUAGAUGUUUUAAGUUAUUAUGCAAAAAAAUGAUGAAGCGAUGUAUCUUUUGUGAUUUUUGUUAAAUCGAAAAAAGGUACGAUAGAGUAUUCCACAUUGUCUGGAAGAAAUGAUAUAUUAUAGUUUGUAUUGUAAGUCUCAUAAAAAUAGUAUAUGUAUUCUCAGAAAUACUUUUUUUGUUUGGCUAAAAGUGAAGAUAAAAAAAAAGAGCGAAGAAUGUGAUUUUCCCAACGUAGAAAUUAAGAAUCAUACAGAUUUUUUGUACUUGUGUGAGAAGAAAAUAAAAAAGCAUAAUUAAUACAUAAA